AUGAUUCUUAAGAAAAGAAAAUUAGAGCUCAAUUUGAACGAGAUUCCACAAGACUCGGGCAAUGAAAGUCAUGCAAUCACCAAUUUGAACGACAUUCCAAAAGACUCUGGCAAUGAAAGUCAUGAAUUCACCAAUGGUCAAGUUGCUGUCAUCAUGUAUCCUCCAGAAAGCAACAUGGAUUUGGCCGCUCAAGAGCCCUCUAGAUCUCGAAGGCCUACCAUACAUUGGAAGUUACAGGAACACGAAUUGUUUUUGGAGGGUGUGAAGCAGUUUGGAAAAGGAAAAUGGAAAGAAAUCUCGAAGAUGGUGGCGACAAAAUCGCCUAGCCAGCAUCCGAGUGAAACUGAGAAUGACAAAUCCCAGAACAUUGGCUGCGCUGUUCCUCAAAGUGUUGAGGCUUUAAGAGAGGUUCAUCCUGCUGUUUCCUCUGUCCCACAAAGUGUUGAGCCUUUAAGAGAGAUUCAUCCUGCUGGCACCUCUGUCCCACAAAGUGUUGAGCCUUUAAGAGAGAUUCAUCCCGCUGGCACCUCUGUCCCUCAAAGUGUUGAGCCUUUAAGAGAGAUUCAUCCAAUUUGUUUGAUAAGGACCAUUGAUAUAACACCUCAGGAUAUGGAAAAAGUUAAGAAAACGAUCUCCCUACUAGAAGAAGCUUUAAAAGCUUAA